AUGUGCUCGUUGUCGUCGACGUCGUCCAGCGCAGCACCAGGGCACGAGAUCAUAAUCGUACCCGACGUCGGCGAACCCGGACGGCAGGAGCUGCGGCAGCAAUGUUACGACGUCCGCAUCGACGUGUUCCACCACGAGCAAAAAUUUCCGCUCGACACUGAAAUCGAUGACUUGGACGAAACGGCGACACACAUCCUGCUCCGGCUGGUACCCAGUCUCACGCCCAUUGGCACGAUCCGCUGCUCUCGCAAUGACACGCAGGGCUACUAUAAGCUGAGUCGCUUGGCCGUACUGCAAGAUUACCGACAGUACCGCUUCGGGCGUAAACUGGUGCUCGCGCUGCACGAUUACGUGCGGCAGGACCUUGCGCAGUGCGGUCGCGCUUCCACCACGGUCAAGGCGCAUUCCCAGAUCCCGGUGAAAGGCUUUUAUGCAAAAUUUGGAUAUUCGCCUGAGGGAGACGAAUUCGAUGAAGAUGGUGCGCCUCAUCAGCUGAUGGUUGCCCGCGUGUCUCUAUCAGAUUGA